AUGGAUAAUUAUGAACUGGUAGCUGCAGCCUUAUCUAAAAUUACAAACACUCAAGUGAUAACAUAUAAUGAAUAUUUAUCACAAAAAGAAACAAAUCCUGACCAAACUUUUCAAUAUUUUGAUUGUAACUUACUUCAUGAAAUAUAUCUAGUCAAAGGUGUUGUCUCUUCCAACGUUAUUGAUGUUGAAGAAAAUGAUGAUGCUAUUGUUUCUUCAUCUAAUGCUGAAGCUGAAGUUUCUACAAAUGAUUUUGAAAAGGUUUUCAUUGCGCUUUCCGGAGAAACUUUGGAAAUUAAAAAUCUAAAUGCGAAUACCACAAUUAGUCAAUUAAAAAAUAAGAUAUUUGAAUCUAAAGGAAUAGUACCGAAUGAUCAAUGGUUAACGAUCCAAAAUGUCUUUAUAAAGAACAUUUCUGGAAAGACCUUGACGGUUAAAAAUCUAAAUGCGAAAACUUCCAUAAACCAAUUGAAGAAUAGAAUUUAUGAAACUGAGGGAAUUCCACCAAAUGAACAAUACUUAAAUUAUGGUCUUAAAUCACUUCAAGACCAUCAGACUUUAAGUUUUUACGAAAUUACAAAUGAUACAACAAUAAAUUUAUCCACACGUUUACGAGGAGGAGCAUCUAAAUCGAUUGGAGUUCUGGACCGUGAUUUCUUGGAUCCACAUUACGAUUACGAUUUUACAAACAUUAAAUCUUCUGGUAGAACUUAUAUGCGUGGUAAUUAUAAAUACGUGCGACCGUAUGGAUGGAAUCGUAUCGCGAUAAGAGUUCUUGAUAAAUAUUCCGAUAAUCGUUGGCUUGGGGUAAAUAAUAGGACGAAAUUUUCGGAUUCUGUGGAAGGUGAAUGGAUAGUUAGCUUUCAUGGUACUGCAAAGAAUAAUGCGAAUUCCAUUGCGAGAGAUGGAUUCCUUCUGAGCAAAGGAAAUAGGUUUCAAUAUGGUCGUGGAGUUUAUUCUACACCGGAUAUAGAUACAGCUGCUUGUUAUGCUGAAAAGUUUGAGUAUGGAGGUGUGAAUUAUCAAGUUGUAUUUCAAAAUCGUGUGAAACCAGGUACUUUUGACGUUGUAUCAUCGGAAUCCGGAUUAAAAAUUUUUAUUUCUCGUAACGAUAAAAAUAUUAGACCUUAUGGUAUUUGCAUUAGAAAACUUUAA